AUGGUCUCGCUCGAAAUUGGGAUGAUGGUCCACAAAGCCCUUCGGGAAUCUACAGUGUCCCGUCCUCUUUGGGCCCGCACAGCACAAAAGCGAGCAACUGUGAAGAAAGAGGAGGACGAAAAAGUGGUAGCUGUGAACCAUAUCAGGCAGAUCAGAAUAGAACCUGGAGAAACAGUGGACGAAAUCUCGCACCUCCCGGACUGA